AUGGAUAAGAGUUGGAUGCAGGAAGCUCAUAGAUUUGGUGAGAAAUAUUCCAAAGGUGUUGAACAAUUCAUUAGAAUGGCACGUGGUCAUGUGGAUGAGCUUGAUAGGAUCAAGUGUCCAUGUCGCAAGUGUGAGAAUCGUUAUUAUAAGCCUAUAGACAUGGUGGAAGAUGAUUUGUUCAUUAACGGAAUUGAUAUGAACUACACCCAAUGGGUAUUUCAUGGGGAAGAAGACCCGUUUCGUAUAAAUGAGCAUGUCAAUCAUAAUGAUGAUAAUGCAAGUUCGGAGGAUAUUGAUGAGGUUGAACAAAUGUUAAAUGACAUCGGUAUGGGGACAUUUCCAGGUGCUAAUGCAGGUGAAUCCUCUACUACUCCAGGUCCAACAACCAAUGAUUACAAAUCGAGAACUUUUGACCAAGUGUUGGAAGAUGCCCGAUGUGAACUUUAUCCAGGCUGUAAGAAGUUUUCAAAGCUCUCUUUCACUGUGAAUCUACUUCAUAUAAAAACACUUUGCAAUAUGAGUAACAAGGCGUUUGAUAUGGUGAUUGACUUGAUAAAGAGAGCUCUCCCAGAUGGAGAGGCAUUACCAAGAUCAUAUUAUGAAGCAAACCGGUUGAGGCAAGAUUUGGGUUUUAGUUAUGAGAGGAUACAUGCAUGUAAGAAUGAUUGCAUACUUUUUUGGAAGAAUCACGCUGAUAAAGAAGAAUGCCCAACAUGCAAAACUUCAAGAUGGGCAACGGUCAAAGGUAAAGGUAAGAAAAUUCCACAUAAGGUCUUACGGUAUUUCCCAAUUAAACCGAGAUUGCAACGGUUGUUUAUGUUGAAAGAUAUUGCCAAAGAUAUGAGGUGGCACAAAGAUGGGCGUCAAGAUGAUGGAAAUCUAAGACAUCCAGCUGAUUCAAUAUUGUGGAAAGAGUUUGAUAAAGAACAUGUUCAGUUUGCUCAGGACUCCCGCAACGUGCGACUUGGUUUAGCAAGUGAUGGUUUCAACCCAUUUGGUAAUAUGAGUACAUCAUAUAGCAUAUGGCCAGUAGUACUUGUGCCGUAUAAUUUACCUCCGUGGAGGUGCAUGAAAGAUCCAUAUAUGAUAAUGUCCUUACUUAUCCCUGGACCUAAGGCACCUGGAAAUGAUAUUGAUGUGUAUCUACAACCUUUAGUGGAUGAUUUGCAAGAAUUAUGGACUGAAGGCAUUCCUACGUAUGAUGCGUCGACACAUGAGAAUUUUAAGUUGCAUGCAACAUUAUUAUGGACUAUAAACGAUUUUCCUGCAUAUGGAAACUUGUCUGGGUGGUCUACUAAGGGAAAGCUUGCGUGUCCAUGUAGUGUUAUAUUUCUGUUUGGGCUUCAGUUUGCUAAUAGCGAUUAUUUAUUUGUUCUUUUGCCAGGGGAAUCUACCACCGCCGACACUCUUGUGGCUUAUGUUAAAUUAUAG